AAUUUAGAUCCCAAAUCCAAACAACAACUUCAAUUAAUCACAAACAGCCACGUGUCAUCCAUGUCGACACGUAACAGCUCACCACACUCGAUCACUCCUAAUAUACUAUCACACUCACGUGCCGUAACUCACUUUUCUUCUUCUAUCAAACGACCCUUUUACCCCUCACUCUUCCCGCGAAUUACAAAUCACUCCCUCUUCACAUUUUCCCUCGCCAUUCGCGUGUUUCUCCAAUACGACACCGUUUUCCGUCGCACACUCUGUUUAUCGGAGAAUGACGACGGCGACGGAGAAAGUCUUCAACGGAAAAGAAGAAUUCAGCGAUUCUUCAAACACCUUUCGCUCAAUUCUUGCAUUAUCGUUAUGGCUUGGAUCCAUUCACUUCAACAUCGCAAUAAUCCUCUUCGCUUUACUCUUCCUUCCUCUCUCCAAAUAUCUCUUGGUUUUAGGUUUUCUAUUAAUUUGCAUGGUGAUUCCAGUGGACGCUAAGAGCAAAUUUGGUAGAAGAUUAUCUAGGUACAUAUGCAAGCAUGCGUGUAGUUACUUUCCGAUUACGCUUCAUGUAGAGGAUAUAAAAGCAUUUGAUCCUAAUCGUGCUUAUGUUUUUGGUUAUGAACCACAUUCAGUUUUGCCAAUUGGCGUUAUUGCACUAGCUGACAACACAGGUUUCAUGCCUAUUCCAAAAGUUAAAGUUCUUGCUAGCAGUGCGGUGUUCUACACACCAUUUUUAAGACACAUAUGGACAUGGUUGGGUCUUACACCAGCAACAAGGAAAAAUUUUAUCUCCCUGUUAGCUGCUGGUUAUAGUUGCAUUUUAAUACCUGGUGGAGUUCAAGAGACAUUUCUCAUGCAGCGUGGUUCCGAGAUAGCUUACCUUAAGGCAAGAAGAGGUUUUGUCCGCAUAGCAUUGGAGAAGGGUCAUCCCUUGGUUCCUGUUUUCUGCUUUGGUCAGUCAGAUAUCUAUAAGUGGUGGAAACCAGAUGGAAAGUUGUUUCUGAACUUCUCUAGGGCGAUUAAGUUCACCCCAAUAUGUUUUUGGGGUAUCUUCGGAUCCCCGGUACCGUUCAGACAUCCAAUGCAUGUGGUGGUGGGUAGGCCAAUUGUGCUCGAGAAAAAUCCAGAACCAACCACGGAGGAGAUUGCCAAGAUACACAGUCAGUUUGUGGAAGCACUUCAAGAUCUCUUCGAACGGCACAAAGCUCGGGCUGGCUAUCCAAAGCUUGAGUUAAAAAUUGUUUGAUAAGGCCUUAUUAUCAUCCCAUGUAGCAUCAGUUUAUUUAUGUAUUUUCUGUUAUCUUCUUUUGUGGAUGGAGGUUGGUAAAUGUAAUUGGGGCCAUGUAUUUUAUUGUAUUGCAUGUAACAAAAGACCAUCUCCUGCAGGGUCAUUAAAUAGAAAUAAUAAUGUGAAAAAGGCGUUGACUUAUUUUCGUUA